AUGCUUCCAUGUGCAAGAGGUCAUAAUAUCAACCUCCAUGAACAAUUUUCUCAGCAUACCGUAUUAACAAACAGGCAGCGGCGUUUGAAUACAGAUGUUAAUGAUUCAGAACAUUGUGCGCGUCAGGGAAAGGUUCCAUUGCUAUCAAGGAAAGCAUUAGAUGACAUGCACAUAUUUGUUUUUGUAUUGGCACUUGUUCAUGUGGUCUUUUGUGCGACCACCAUGGUUCUUGGAGGAGCAAAGAUACGUCAGUGGAAGAACUGGGAGGAUGCCAUCAGGAGUAAAAUAUCACAAGAUGGGCAACUUCAGCUUCCCGACGUUCAUCAUCACCAUCACCAUCGCCAUCACCAAAUCUUCAAGCUACGUGCUGGUAGACAUUGGAGAAAGGCAGCUGUUGUAGGUUGGUUGAUAGCAUUCUUCAAACAGUUCUAUGGAUCAGUGACCGAGUCAGACUAUGUGACCCUACGGUAUGGUUUUGUACAGCUUCUCCUUCUAGUGGGUGCUAAAUUAGAGCACAUUAUUACCCGCUUGGCGAAAGAGGUUGCAGAGACAACGACAGGGGCAGUGAAACCUUCUGAUGAACAUUUCUGGUUUGGCCGACCGCGCAUUGUUCUUUACUUGAUUCACUUCAUCAUGUUUGAAAAUUCGUUUGAGAUUGCCUUCUUCUUUUGGAUCUGGACCACAUAUGGAUUUCAUUCAUGCAUCAUGGACAAAGUGGACUACAUCAUCCCAAGGCUUAUUGCAGGGGUGAUUGUUCAAGUGCUUUGCAGCUACAGCACCUUACCUUUAUAUGCUCUUGUGACACAGAUGGGUAGUAGCAUGUAUGGAGAAGGCAUCCUUAGUGAGUCUAUGAGAAACGCAGUCAAGGAUUGGGCUGUUGAAGUAAGGAGAAGAAAAAGGCAAAAGUGGUCAUGGAAAAAGGCUUUCCGUAUACCACAAAAAUUAUCGUUGACAAGAACGAAAAAGAAUACAUCUUUCAUCACGAAUUCAAGUGAGACCCAUAAUAUGGCAAAAGAACGGUUUGAAAAUGUUCAUAUCAAAGAGUACAGUACGACUGUUGAUGAAGCAAAUAUGACGUCGGUAAUUGAGAUUUCUUGUGUCGACCAAAGUCAAGUCAUCCCUUUGGAUUGUCCAUAA